CGGGCCGGAUCUGUAAUGGCGUAUUGUUUGAACCUGGAGAUAUUCUCAUGGCUGAUGUAUAAAAGAGCGGUGCUGCCACUGACCUGCCUCUGUCGAAGUACCAUCGCGUCCUUUCUUCGUCUGUUAAUCCAGUUUCUGUUCUUCUCUAAAUCAACAAUGGGACCCUUCAUCCUGUUCUUCAUCGCCAUGGUGGCCGCCUCUCCAGUCAAAAGGCAAGAAGAUCUGUUCGGACUGUUGGACCUAGACGGGGACGGCCGACUGUCCAGGAACGAGGUUCUGUCCAGCAUUAUUAUCGACCAGGCCCUCCUUGCUCUGGACAGCGACGGCGACGGUUUCAUCACCGGCAUCCAGAUUUUCGAGCUGACCGGCAACCCGAACGACUUCCCGAUGUUUGACGCCAACAAUGACGGCAAGGUCAGCUACGACGAGAUUCGUCAGGGCACCAACAUGCUGCGCGUCUUCGACAGAUUCGACGCAGACGAUAACGGCUUCCUUGAAGGCCCCGAGGCGGCCGUGAUAGUGUUCAUCUACUCGCAGAUCGUGAAUGCCGGACUGGCAUUUCUGAGCAGGGACCAGAUGGACACCAACGGGGACCAGAUUCUGUCCAGAGACGAGGUGCUGAACGCCCUGACCCUGACCCAGGUCCUCGUGGCGGCCGACGACGACAACGACGGCGCCUUCACCCAGCAGCAGAUCGAGAACGUCUUUGGCGCUCAGAACUUCCAGAUCCUCGAUGACAACAUGGACGGUGUGGUCAGCUUCGGCGAGUUCCGCAAGGUCUUUGACCUAGGAGACGUGUUUGACUUCUUUGACAGUGACGCCGACGGCGUCUUGACAGGCGUGGAGCAGAACUCAAUCAUCGGCGUGUACAACCUGAUCUUGAACUUGCGAGACGCCAUCCCAGCUGACCCUCUCCUUGACACCAACAGCGACGGGCAACUGUCCAAGGACGAAGUGGUCAACGCCAUGACUUUCGACCAGAUCAUGGUGGCGAACGAUGCAGAUGGCGACGGACAGUUCACGGAGCUUGAGGUCCUGUCGUUUUUCGACCGUGUCUACUUCAGGAGAAUGGACGUCAAUGGAGACGGCUUCGUCACCUUCGACGAAAUGCGCGCCGUCAUCGACGUCGGCUCUUACUUCGACUACCUCGAUGCUGACGGCAACGGUUUCCUGGAUGGUCUGGAACAGUUUAACGUGGUCGCGCUGUACUACAACGUUUUGGCCUACCAGCAGGCUAACGGCGUCAACACCAAAUAGAUCGGGCUGGUGCGGGAUGCAGGUGAGUUUCUAUUCUCGUGAUA